AUGGCUUCUUCAAAUUCUAGCCGCGGUAAUUCCAAUUCAAAAAACUUUCAAUUCAAUUCUUUUUUAAAUAUGUCAAGUUCAAAAAAUUCUUCAAACAAUUCACAAGUAAAAGAAAUGCCAACACACCUGCAAUUAAUAAGUGAUAGCACUUGUAAAAGAUGGUAUGAUGUAACAGUAAAAAAUGCAAAAAGUGGCAGUAGAACUUCAAUAAAACCAAGGUCUUGUAUACCGAUAGAGUGUAAGAAUAAAUGCCCACAAACUUCAUGUUGUAUUCGUAUUACUAACUUGACCAGGAGAGUUACUGUUCAUUGCCUUCAACAAAUAUUUUCUGAUUUUGGAACUAUAAAAAAAUUAGAUCUACAUUUCAACCACUAUGAUAGAAUUUCUAAAGGAUUUUCUUACAUAAUGUUUUCCACUUCAGAAGAAUCUGAAAAUGCUGUAAGAAAUAUGGAUAGAUGUGAAAUUGAUGGACACGUAAUAAUAUGUGAACAAUGGUUCUUACCAUAUACUGAAUUCCACGUAAGUUCUAUACUUCGUGGUGCUUACAGCGGAGUUGGAUACCAAAGCGGUUCUUCAAGGUGUUUGUCACCAACUACACAACGUCCUUCUCUACUAGAUGGAUUAUGUUCUCAUUCUGGAUCUUCUUCUAAUUCUCUAACGCUUUAUGAUUACUUACCGACAAACAAAUCUUUCUCUGGGCCUUCAAGAAGAUCAUGUUCUAGAUCUCCAAGGCAAUCUAGGUUAAGAUCUCGUUCUAGUUCCUUAACAAUUUAUCAUUCUAAAUCUCAAAGAAAAUCUCGAAAUAGAUCUCGUUCUAACUAUAGAAGUAUACAGGAUUCUAUACAUUCAAAAAGGUUCCCACUUUAG